AUGCCUCUGACCAUCGUACCCGCCAACACAGCGCCAGCCGCGCUGCUCGAUCGACCUGAAGGAUACCUCGUAUUCUACUCUGAUGUAGAGGACGGCCGGAUGUGGUGUGGGGCAAGCACCUGUUUCCCUGGUCAUCUCGGCGAUCUGAUGCUGAUGCGUCCGUCCAUGCAGGAUUGCCGCGCGGUGGAUGACGUUGUUCAGAAGACGUUCAGCGCACCGGAUGGCCCGUCCGCGGCGAUCGUGUGGAGGGCGCCAAGUAAUGUGUUCCGCGGAGAGCCGUUCAAGUUGACCGUCGUCCCCACGAUCGUCAAGAUCGAUCGGCAAGAGAAGAAAGAGAUCGGCCGGUUGGUAGACCAGGACGAGGUCAUUCCUAGGCUCGAGUCGUUUGUUCGAUAG